CAUGCAGCUACAGAAUUUCGUCUCUGAUUCUUUUCCGGCUGGCUUCAGAGUAGUUUAUCUCGAUCCACUAGCAUAUCACCGGCGACGGUCAAUCGAUCUUGUUCGCGACUUGGCGGUCCGUAUGAUUCAAAUGAAAAUUUCUAUAUCGAGAUUUCAGGAAUUUCCACAAUGAGUGCAGGUGGUUCAUUUGGAGGGAAUAGAGGAUUGAGACCCGUACCCCCAGAGAAAGGAGUCUUCCCUUUGGAUCAUAUGCACCUCUGCGACCAAGAGAAGAAAGAAUACCUCAAUUGUCUUAAAACCUCUGGUCACCAAUCCGAAAAAUGCAGGCACUUAUCGAAAAAAUACCUUGAAUGUCGUAUGGAAAAGAAUUUAAUGGCAAAACAAGACAUGACGGAACUGGGAUUUGGGACUUCGAGCCAGGCCAGUCUCUCUGGUGAUAAAUUG